AUGAGCUUGUUCUAUUUGAGGUCCCGCCGCCACUUGUUUCGUCAUGUGCGCUGCAUCUCGUCGAGUCUCGAAACUCAUCUACAGGACCUCAAUGCUAGCGGUCAGAUAGGUCGUGUGAUUUUUGGUGCUAAUGUUGCAUCAGCUCAGCUUGGUGCCAUAAGUCGCGCCGUGGGUAUUAGCAAAGUGUUGCUCGUGCGAGACCGAGAUGCUGGUGCAACCUCGCGCACUAGAUUCGCCGAGUUCUUACUCAUGCAAGCAGGUGUUCCCUGUUUUCAGUACACUUUAAAGCGCGACUGCGCCACUCUUGAGGAUGUGGACCAUGCAGCAGCCACAGCGCAACGUGUAGGUGCCAACGGCAUUGUAGCUUUUGGCGGCGGCAACACAAUGGAUGUAGCUCGUGCGGUAGCACUUGUGCUAGCUGCUGGAAGUAAAGCUACGGACUAUGUUGACGUAGCGAAGGAAGUUGAGUCGCUGAAAGGAAAAAUUGAUAACCUGCCAGUCAUUUUGGUCCCGACCAUUGCCGGGUCGGGCGCUGAAGUGGCUCAUUAUUCAGUGUUGCUAGAUGAACAUGCUGACACAAAGGUGCUUUUCGCACCGGAAUUGCCUAGUGUACCCGAGGCAAUACUUAUUGACCCCACAUUAAUGGUGACAGUACCCCUUGAGCGGACCGUUCAGGGUGCACUGACAUCAUUAGGUCAGUGCCUCGAGAGUUUUUUAUUGGGUUGUGGAGAGGAUGCAAUGGAAGAAAUGGCAAUGGCAGGAUUUGCAGCGAUAGCGGAAGCUUUUGCUUUGGCUCUUAAGGAAGACAAAGUAGAGCUCAAAAAUGCUAGUUUGCGCGAAAGUUUUGCUUUCGGUAGUCUAGUAUCUGGUAUUGCUGCCAAUUCUUCAGGCACAGGUGCAACCCAGGCAUUAGCUAUAGCAGUAGGUGGAAUUUCCGAAAUACCUCACGCACAAGUGGCGUCGGCUUUAUUGCCAUUUGUGUUUGAUCGGUAUUCUGAGUUGGUGAGUGAGAAUGAAGGUGAUCCAUUUUUCGACGAGUUGCGUAAGAAGCUGGAACGUGCCGAUGACCAACUGGCAGCUCUCAGUGGAUUCCAAGGCGUUUCUGUGGCUGAGUGGAUUCGAAAUGUCAUUAUCCGCUUCAAGCUGCCCACAGUCUCGACACUUAAUCUUGAAGAAAAUUUGUUGAAUGGCCUUGUUGAUCGUGCUGUUCAGUACCAGGACGAGACAAUGGAGAGAUUCCGAAGCGACGAUAAUGGGGCUAUUUUUGAAAAAGACGAUUUCAGCGCAAUUUUGGGUGCUGCGAUGACGUCAUAA